UCCAUUUCUCUACUCACAAAAGCGGAAAUUCACAAUAAUACAGUUUUCCUUAAUUCAAUUUAAAAAUAAAAUGCAUAUAUUUUAUUUUAAUAAAUAGAAAAGCACUUUCUCAAAAGCGAAAAAUCCAAUUCCCUUCAUUCAAAAUGCGAACAAUCCCUUUUAAUUUUGUUUAAAUAAAUAAGCAAAGUUUUAACAUUUUCCAAUUUGAAUACAAGGAAAUGUGAGCCCUUCGAAUAAUAAAAAAUUGUUUUUAAUUAUAAUUAGAUGGAAGAGAUUUAUGGUAGAUUGAAAUUAAUAUUGAAAUUAAAAGUAUUAAAAUUUUGUCUUUUAAAAUGAGUGUCGAGGACUUAAAAAUCGGAUGUUUUCACGUAUUUGUUUUAAUUGCUUUGAGUGUUAAUUAUGUUAUCGUGGCGAUGAGCCAUUUGUUACCCGUCUUUUAUAAUUAUUCUCCCAAAUUUUCCUGCCAGGAAUUGAAAAAUGGAACUAAAGGUUGUGUCUCUCCCUCUCUUUUCAAGUCUAUUUCAAAUUUUACGAGUGAAUUUCAAAUUAAAGACACUAAACCCACCACGUGUUCGAGUGAAUAUAUUUUUGAAAUUGAAAAUGGAGAACAAAGUGUUAUAACCGAAUGGAGUUUAGUUUGUGAAAAAGAAUAUUUGGCUUUUUUGGGCACCGCCAUUUAUUUUUUGGGAGUUUUAAUGGGAGCUUGGAUCGCUGGAAUUAUGGCUGAUCGAAUUGGGAGACUUCCGGUUUUGGCCAUUUGUCUUUAUACUCAAGGCACUAUGGCUGUUUCCCUCUACGUUGUCCAGGAUUAUUCAGUAUUCCUUGUUCUUCGAGGAUUUCAGGGAGUUUUCGUCCAAGGACUUGAGACUUCCACUUUCAUUUUAGCUUUAGAGCUUUUUCCCUCAAAAUUCCGUACAAUUGUAGGAUUAAUAAUGCAGAUCGCGUGGGCCGUAGGUCUCGCGCUUCUAGCUGGACUCAGUUACUCUAUUCCCGACUGGAGAAUUCUUCAAUUGGCUAUCUCCGUUCCCACAGCUGUUACUGUUCUAUAUAUCUGGAUAAUACCGGAAUCGCCUCGCUGGUUGCUUGCAAAAGGAAAGUCGACGGAAGCUGACAUCGCUCUAGAAAAGAUAGUAAAAUACAAUGGAUGCUUUAUCAGGUUGAAAACAAUAAAAGAACCUGAUACUAUUGUCAGCGAAAACAAGACACCAGUGAAUAAGAAACCGGAAAGAAAAUCCCGAGAUUUAAGUCUAGACCUAAAAAGCAAAAAAGUCGAAGAAAUUCUCCCGGAAAUUGAAAAGUUACUCGCAAAGCCAGAACCCAAUCCUGAAAUACAAAGUAUCUGUUUCAAUUUUACAGAAGUGGCUGAUUCUGAGAAUUGUAAAGACGAACAAGUUCCAGAAAUAAAUUCGAAACCGGAAGUACCUUUAAAGGUGAAUAACUCAAAUAAUAAAAUGGAUGAGAAAAGGGAGGAAGAAAAAUCAUUAAAACUCAAAAAGAAAAGACACUCGAAGUCAAUUUCUCGGGGCGAAGAUUCCCACAAUAUACAGAAAGGCGAAGAAACUCUGGAACUGGGAGUGAGGAAUGAAAAUAAAAAGCAAAUUGGUUUGAACGUAUCCGAGAAAUUGAAAGAACGAGUUGCGAGUGAGAAGAAAAUAAAUAGAGGACUUUUGCAAUUGGCAAAGUACAAAUCAAUUAUUAGACACGGGGCAAUUUUAAUUCAAAUUUGGUUUACUUCUGCAGCUGCUAAUCAUUGUGUUGAAUUUCUUCUUCCAAAUUUAAAUGCAAACAGACACAUAACUUUUGCACUUGGAGGGGCUUUGGAAAUUGCUUCAUGCAUUUUAACAUAUUUUGUUUUAUCAAGACACGGAAGGAAAUUACCUUUGGGCAUUUUUGAAUUUUUCAUCGGAGUUAUUUGCAUCUGUCACGCUUUUCUUGAUUAUUUUUUACCCCAGCCAUCAAUAAUUUGGCUUGGUCCGUUAAAAAAAGUGAUGUUAUUAUUGACAAAAAUGGUCGUUAUCAGUUCGUUUUUUGCUCUGCAUCUGUUAAGUGCUGAAUUAUUUCCGACAAUUUCCCGAGCAACGUGUUUUGGAUUUUGUGUGGUUUUUGCAAAAAUCGCCAGUAUUUUUAUGACCUUCUUCUUAGAAAUAGAAAAAAACUACAUUCCCGUUUCCGCAUGCUUGGGAGUUGUAGGAAUGUUAUGCCUUGGCUCAGGAAUUGUCGCCUUAACAUUACCAGAAACUCUAAACCGAAUUCUUCCGGAUACGAUGGACGAGGCCAACAAUCUGGGAAGAAAAUUCGAAAAUAGAAAUCAGAGUUUAGAAUACAUCAAGAACCAAGAAUCUGGAAAAAAACGAGAAGUUUUGCGGGAAAAACUGUUUUCUGAUAAUUGGGUUGAUGCUGGAAAUGGAAUAAUAGUUAACUUCAACGAAGGAAAAGACACUAAUUCUACUUUUUGACUUAAUUUUCUUAAUUUUAUUUAAAUAAAAAAAAAGUUGAGUAGUGUUAUCAAAUGUGUAAUUUUUAUCGAUUUGUAAAUAUUUCCA